UUUGAGUGUAUUUGGAAAUAGGCAAUAAAAAGGUGAGGAAACGAGAAAAAUGGUAUCUUCUCUUCGCCUUCCCGCCUAAUCGGUCAUCAUGGCCACCAGACCAAGAGGAAUUCGAAGCUCCGCCUCUGCUACUCCCUCCUCCGUUCCCUUCAAGACCGACCGGAAGCCCACUGCCACUCCCACGACGCCAAAAACUCCGGCUACCUGUUCUACAUCCAUCAUUCCUUCCUCACUCAAAUCAAUUUUUCUGUACGAUUGGUGGCUGGUAAAGGCUAACGAUGGUGAGGGAUUGGCUAUCGGAGGCUUUGCAUCCAGAGAGAGAUCUGGGAUAAGAGCAUUUUAUUCUGCAGCGAUUUCUAAGAGACAUGAAACUACUAUUCUUGAGGCAACCGAUGGCAUUAUCAUUUCAAUCAGUGGCUUCAUAAAUAGACCACGAACACAUGAAAACGGCUUUCCACCAAAGGUGUACAAUCAUUUCCUUCUUGGCUUUCCCUUCAAUUGGAAAGACUAUAUGAGUUCUGGUUCGAUUAGAAAAUCCACUGUCGAGUUUUUUAAAGCGAGUACUUCUCGUUCCAACGACCAAGGUACAAGUCAUUAUUUAGAACCUGACUUGGAUAAUCUUGCAGUAACUAGGUUGCGAGAUCUCUGUUUGUCCACUUAUGGAGAGUCUAGUCAUGGUCAUGACCUCUUUAUGAAGAACUCAAAUUCUAGUUGUUGUCCAACACAAAGUUUCUCGAAUGAGGGGAAGAAUGAUGAUGUAAUAAAGGAUUCAUUGCACGCUAGACAAGAAGCUAAGAAGUUGGAUAUCGACCUCCAGAUUCGAAGAGGACAAGGUGUUUGUACAAGAAGCAUGACAAAGUUGAAAAAUACUAGGAAUAGAAGUAAAGAGAGUCUCAUAUCAGAUUCUCGGAAGAAGAAAAAGAGUAGAAAAUAGCUCAUGAAAAUUCGGGAAAGGGAAAUAAACAGAGAAUUAGAAGUAGUUCAGAUAUUUUACUACAUCUAACAAGGAAGUUGAUGAAUCACAGAUGAGAGGAGAAUAUCAAAUCUUAGGCAAAGGAACUGAAAGGAGAAUCAAUAGAUGGAGUAGAAAAUCAAAUUUUCGUGUGCAAUGUUCACAAUCACUCCCUUAAUGAUCGAUAUCCAAAGGAAGUAUGUACUUUUUUUUGUACCUUGUGUAUGUAAAAUGUUUCUAGUGUCCAUAUGAUGAGACAGUCAUCAAAUUGCUCGAGGGAGGAUUGUGUCCUUCAAGGGAUAAACAAAGCUGGGAAUCUUCUUUGAAGAAAAAAUAGGUCAUUUUAGAUUAUGGAAAAGCCUUCCUUAGAAGAAGAGCUUUCUUGUUUUCAUUUCUUCUUUCUCUUUUACUUUGAUUUGUGUGAGAUGACGUUUUGUAUACGGAUGAUGGUUGUUCUCUUUGAACAUCAUAUGGAAUGGAAUUAAGACUUGAACCAUCAAACCAAAUUUCUUUUUAGAGAUCCACAUUAAACAUUAAACCAAUAAUAUAAAAAUGCAAAUCAUUUUGGAGUC